UGAAUUCUCCGCCAGCUGGAAGCACGGGUUGGUUGGGGUGGAGCUGUUCCAAUUCUGGUGUCACCCCCAUCACGUCGUAUCACUGUGCACCACAUCAGCAGACACCGUGCCUCCAGCUUCAACAAGGGAAGGAAGUGUCUCUUCGAAGGAAGGCCUAUGGAGUGUGUGGACCCUCUCGCGGUGAUAGGUGCCGGUGUGCAAAGUGGUUUAAAGCUGCUCGCUUUGCAUUGAAGUCUGCCCCGGUCUGACGUAGUGAAAGCGCCUUUCGGGGGCUCUGUAUGGAGAAUGGCGGAUGCAGAGUCCAUGAACUCGCCGGCUGCCUCUCCCUUUCUGGGACUCCACAUCAGCUCGCCUCCCAAUUUCAGGUAAAGCAGAGGUUAACCCAUGACAUAAGCUUGGAGGAGUUUGAAGAUGAAGACUUGUCAGAAAUAACAGAUGAAUGUGGGAUUAGUCUGCACUGUAAGGAUGGCCUGGCUACAAGGUCCCAUGUGACCCUGGAGACCAAUAAUGCUGCAACGACAAGCGGAAAUGAUGCCUGUACUAUCCAGGCAGAGAUGCUGCAGCUCGACCUGAUUGAUGCUGUUGAUGAUAUCGAGGAGGAGGACAACGGUCCUCUGAAGGAAUCAAAGCCUGACAGCAUGGCAUCUUACAAGCCCAAGCGGCCCACGACCUUGAAUCUUUUCCCACAAGUUCCUCGUACUCAGGAUACACUGAAUAACAACUCAUUUGGCAAAAAGUACAGCUGGCAAGAAAAGGUGUCCCGAUCCUCUUCCCCACUCAAAACAGGAGAGGUGACUCCCGCUCAUGGGUGCCUAGGAGAUGAGGUGAAACCAGCAAGUGGCAUCACUGACAAAGCGGCAUCGACUGCCCAGGUCAACACCUGCAGGCGGGCACCACCAGGACAGAGCGAGACUGUGGCUUCCAAUGCCACAGGAUGCUCGGCACCAGCGAUGGCCUCUAACCAGCGGGGGAAGGAUAACGAAGGCCAACACGACGAGCACAUUCGGUACCAAACACAGGUGCCUAUUGAGGCGACCGAGGAGAUCUACCUAACUCCGGUGCAAAGGAACUCUGACUCCUCGGAAAACGAGAAGCCCUUCCUGUCUCAGUCCAACGAGAACCGUAUGUCCAUCAGCUCGGAUGUAGACCUCACUCACUGCCUGACCCUGCCAGGGAACCCGAAACCAUCAAUCAGCGAAGAGGACGAAGUGCUCUCGUGCCUUUCCACGUCUCACAGCUGCUCGUUGCCACGAACCUCUCUCAACGCAGAGCAGCUCUGCCCACGGACCUCGGUCAGCUCUGACAGUGCGCUGUCCUAUGACUCGGUUAAAUACACCCUGGUUGUGGAUGACAACAUGCAGUUGGAGCUGGUGAGCCUAAAGCACUGUUACUCAGGGUACAGCGAUGACAGUGAUUCAGCAACCGUCUAUGACAACUGUGUUACAUCGCCGUACGAGUCUGCGAUUGGGGAGGAAUAUGAGGAGGGUGUGCUGAAGAGGGACUCAAUCUGUCUGUCAGAAGACUCCACACCAGAAGCAGAUAUUCCUUUCUCCAAGAAAUUCCUCAAUGUUUUUAUGAGUGGAAGAUCAAGGACAUCUAGUGCAGAAUCCUUUGGAUUAUUUUCAUGUACAAUAAACGGAGAAGAAAGAGAUCAAACACACAGAGCAGUAUUCAGAUUCGUGCCCCGACAUGAUGAUGAGCUGGAGUUAGAGGUGGAUGACCCUCUUCUAGUAGACGUGCAGGCUGAUGAUUACUGGUACCAUGCCUACAAUAUGCGAACGGGUGAAAGAGGAAUCUUCCCAGCAUACUAUGCACUCGAAGUCAACGUGGAACGAGGACAAUUUGCCGCAGCAGUAGCAGAAAAGAAUGACUGGGUAGAUAAAUUCCAUCUGAAAUUCCUGGGUUCAGUCCAAGUGCCAUACCAUAAAGGGAAUGAUGUACUGUGUGCAGCCAUGCAGAAGAUUGCAACAACAAGAAGAUUGACUGUGCAGUUCAACCCUCCCUCUAGCUGUGUCCUGGAGAUCAGUAUGCAAGGAAUUAAAAUAGCUGUACAACUCGAUGGACGUGGAGUCUAUGAAAAGGCCAGUAAAUGCAGUCACUUUUUUCAGCUGAAGAACGUUUCUUUCUGCGGGUAUCAUCCAAAGAACACCAAAUAUUUUGGAUUUAUUACCAAACAUCCUUCAGACCAUCGAUUUGCUUCCCAUGUUUUUGUCUCUGAGGACUCAACCAAACCAAUAGCAGAAUCAGUGGGGAAGGCCUUCCAGCUAUUCUACAAAGAAUACAUUGAAUACACCUGUCCAACAGAAGACAUCUAUCUGGAGUAGAAGCCUCUGACCCGUGGUGCUGCUCUGAACUUCUCAAACUCACCAUGAUGCAUGAACAUACUGAGCCAGAGGUCCUAUAUCAUGAUACAGAACUAUAUGAUAUCUCAUUUGAAACAUUUUACUUAUUGUUACUUUUAGCCAUGCUACAUGGGUUGACAGCAUUCUCCAUCAGUUUGUGCCUCUUAUCCCUCUUCUCUGCAAACCCGGUCCUAUCUUAUGUUCCAUCAUAUCAUGGCAAAACAGCUCUACUGCUUGCUUCUUAACACCCUUGUGUGCAUUUGGUACGUACUCGGUGUGGUGGGCCAGUAUUUAAACCUGGCAAAAUAGCAGGACAGAAUGACACCAAACCACUAGGGAGUUACAAGAUUCAUUGUAACAAUGAUGUUACACUGUAUUCAUUAAUAGUGUUGUGUGUAAAGUUCUUAAACUUUGUUCAUGGAGUGUACAACAUGGUUUAUUUAAAGGGUUGAUGACAGCACCUUCUUCUCCACUUUGUUUCUUUGCACAACAAUCAUUCCUUUUUUCAGAAAAAAGAUCUGCACAGUUACCACCUUCAUUAAGAAGACCAAGUGUUGCUGAAGGUCACAUAGCAUCAUGGGUGACAUCAGGCUAAUCAAUUAUCAAUUGCUGCACAGUCCUUUGCAAGUUCACAAGUGUGUGGUACCAUAUUACAAUAUAGUCAAAGGCAUUGUUUCAAUUGUGACUCAAGUUUUAAAUUAUUUUCAUAACAUGGCAUUCUGUUACAAUCCAAGCUGAUGGGCAAGUAGAUCCCAGAAUGAAAGCUAAUUUAGUUGAUCUUAAUCUGUAUUUUUAGAGUUUGUUACUGUGGUAUUUAGUCAUUGACUAUAUCCACACAAGGCUGUCAAUGUUCUUUUAACAUGCAAACUCAAGUUUAUUGCACAAAAGAAAAGUAAACAAAGCUAUAUUGAUAUUUGUGUAUGUAAAUUAAUUUUAAAUCAUUUUAACAUAAAACAACAUGAUUCAAACUUUUUUGCCCCAGCAAUAUCCUUUUCAGAUAUUCAAUCCCAGAGAAAUAUCACUUCUAUUUUAAGUCUUUACUUAACUAACUUUUUCCAGUUUUUCUUUUUGGACUGCUGAAACAGUUUUAACACUUCUUUCCAGUUAUUAUGGCCUGAAUCUUCUCUUAAUUGUAAUGGCUUAAAUCUUUUUUUCAUGUCUGAUAGCUUGAAAAUGUCUACACAAAACUUCAUGGCUUAGAGACUUUACAAACUAAUUUGCCUUUCUGCUAGGGUGAACUGCUCUCCUGAACUGAGAAUCUGACUCUUUUAUGCUAGCAUGAAACUGAAAUCUGACUCUUCUGAACUGGACUCAAACUAAACUGAGGAAUGGUCACUGUGCCUAAAAUGUUUAACUCUGAUUUCUCUUCACAGA